GGGCGCGGCGGAGCGGCGUAUCCCUUUCGCUCGCAACCACAGCGGCAGGAGCAGCACCAGCAUCGCGGCGGGACAGCAUCAGAUGGGCAUGGGGACGGCGCUGGCGGCGCGGCUCGGCCUGGGGCUCCUGCUCCUUGCCCUCCUCCUUCCCACGCAGAUCUACUGUGGUCCCAAUGGAACAAGUCCAACACCUUCAAACAAUUCUUCAGCAAAUUCCACUUCUCUGUCAGCUGUCACAAAUUCAGUGAACAAUACCACCACUCACGGACAUGGAAAUUCUCUUCACUCAACCACAAGUCUUUUUUUCAUUCUCUCCGUUACUCUUCUGUAUUUUUGCUGUUAAGAGACUCUGGCAUGGAAAUGGCUACCACUCCCCACCCCGUUUCCUGAACCACCCGAGAUGGCUAGAUCUCCAACCCAGCAUGAGAAGAAAUCAAUCCAAACUCCACAUCAAACCAGCUUGGUUCUACUCCAUACUCAAAUUAGUACCAGUCUGACCUAGAGAAACACUCAGUAUUCUGACUUUCAAAGCUGACCAGUGUGAAAAGAUCAGCUUCAGCAAGGAGGUAAAAAAAUGAGCUCUUUCACCAAAUGAGUUGGAAUCCAAACAACAAGAUGGAAACAAAAAGAGACAGUACUGACAAACCAAAUUUUUAAAGCUGAGAAGAAAUACAGUAUCUUAUAAUAAAGAUGGAUAAUAACACUCCGUGAAGAAAAAAGGCUAGAGAGUUUAUCUACCAUUUAGAAUAAGGACUUCAAGAGUUUUUAUUUUUUGAGUUCAAAAACAUCAACAGGCUCACAGAAUCCCUAGAAAACACAGAAAAGCUCAAAUAAUUCUGUUUCUUGCACAGCCUAUAUGGUUAUAACUUAUGGGUAUUAGGAUGUAUGAAAAAGAAACAACAUCAGUGAAAAGGGUUUCUUCUAGAUUUCAUUUGUAUUAAAUUGUUACAAGGCUAAAAUAGAAUAAGAAUUUUUUUGCAAGAAUCCUCUUAUUUAACCAAAUGGUUAGCCAGGCAGGGCUAGUUUUGAAAUGGCUAAAACCCCACCAGUUUUCAUAAGAGUGGAAUUAUUUAUGGUGGGAAUUUGAAUUUGACAUUUUAUUUAAAUUGUUUGUAUAUUAAACCAUAUGUGCCAGAGAAAGGAGGUGUGGAAACAUUAGAAAAAGUACCAGGAGCUUUUUGUAAAUGAAAUUCAGAAAGAACGAAUGAACAAACAAGUCAAUGGAUGUAUGUCUCCUAUUUCCUUUAUUUCUCCUCCCAAGUUGUAUAAGUUUUUUGCUCCUGGAACUUUCCUUAAUUAUGAAGGAUUUAUGAAAUCUUAUGAGUAAUGUUAUAGUGUUGCUUUUUUUUUUUUGGCACAAGGUGAAUAACUUACUGUUUUUUGAAGAGUUUUAAUUGUGAUAGUCUACUUUAAACCUGGGCUAGUAUUUGUGGUGGGGAGAAGGAAUGGGGAGAGGAGAGCAAACCGCCAAAACAAAGAGAAAUUAAAUGAACAGGUGUUUGGAAUAUGAAGACUGGAAUCUUAAUUUAAUCACUGAAUUUAAAAAUUACCUUUGUAAAUACUACUUUUUAAAUUUUUUUUCUGAAUCAAAAUUUGCUACACUUGCACAGAUUGUUUCUGUAUCAUCCAACACUUUAGAAAAUACUAUCUGGUACUUGAUCUUAGCAAGCUUUGUUGAGGAGGUUCAACUACCUUGAUGAUGAUACCUUGUCAGAAAAAAUUAACUGUGUUGAUAUGAUCACAUGUGAAUGUACAUGAUCAUUCUACCACUGUCUGUAGAUAUUUAUCUCAGUAUAAGAUCAUGUCAAACAUGAGUGGCUCUCUAAUUUUUUUUUAAUACACAUCUGUCUUUCAGUUGUAUUACCACCAAUCCACAGUAUCAUAUAUUAGUAGCAGGCUAACACAAAUUCAUGUCAGUGAGCGUACAUGGACAUUUCCUUAUGCUUAUCAUUUGUAUCCAGUAAAAUGUUAAUGACUGUAUUUUGUGUUUGUGUAAUAAUGCUUUGAUUUAUUAGCUACUGAUUUUCAUUGAAAAAAACUGUAAAUAAAACAGUGGGCAGGCAAUGCAUUCUAGAUGCACUUCCAGACACUUCUACAAAAACUUGUACCUUGCCUGUGUUAAGUGAAUGAACUGUUAAGCAAGAUGGUAUAUGUGAUUAAAAACCUCAAGGUCUAGAAAUGCUGAAGUGUAAUUAGUUUUAUUUCUCUGGAAGGUUUUGUGCCACUGGGAGUCUGGAUUUUGCUCUGAAACCAGGGAGAUUAUUUGGUUAGAAUCUCUAGUAACUAGUAAGUUUUCCAUACUUAUUACAGACUCUUCCCUUUCAAAGCAUGACUGUGUUUUCAUGUUAGACAAACAGGGCUUAGACAGAGUUUUCUCUAUUUCUUUUGGUGGCAAUGAGCAGUUUUCUUUAUGAUGGCUAAAGCUGUUUCUCAGCUAUUGGGUCUCAAGCAAUUUGAAUUAACUGCUUAAGGUUUCUGCCUCCCACAGACUAUCCUAACACAGUAGGUGUAUCCCAAUAAUACAAGCUGAACCAUGCUUGAUGAAGGAUAGAGACUGGAUGAGGUAGGAAUUUGUGCAAAAAAUUGCUUUAAAGCAAAAAUUAACCAGAUGAGCAUUCAGUAACAAAUAGUUGCAAUUCCUGACAUCCCAAAACCGCGUCUGUGUUGUUUUCCAGGUAUGCUCCUUUCUAAUACCCCUUAAAGGCCCAAGGUUGUUCUCUGUGGUUAUCUUCACUCCCUACAUGUGGAGAAGCACAUUCCCAAGUGCCUAAGCACUUAGGCAUGCCUAGACUGCAUUUGUCAGUGGGAAAGAGGCCCCUGGAGAGGCCUCCCAAGGCUGCAGAGGGAGGGAAUGCGGCGUGGCAGGGCUUUGCUUCUGUUCCUUUGCUUUUCCAGUAGGCUGAGCAAACCAAGGAGCAGAAUAAGUUUAUCAAAGCUGGCUGUUUAACUAAAUCUUGGAACGUGCAGGGAGUAUCAAAGCACGUUGUUCCUUUGUUUAGCUUUUCUCCAAAUGCUCCAGGAGAAAGCAGGAAGAUAAACCAACCAACCCGGCUGUGGACCUUUAUUUAAAAAUAUUAAACUAAAAAUAACCUCUCUCCAAAGACAGGCAGACAAGGAAAAAGGCUGCAACAAUGGGUCUUAAUUCUAUGAUAUGCCACUACAAUAAAAGAAGUAAAAGAAUGUGUUGGAAGUUUUUGCAAAAUAAUCAGACAAUAAUGGGAUCCUUGGCUGAAUUGGUGCCAUGCUUUUUUCAAAUUUUUAUUUUUUUUUUAAUUUGAGAAAUAGAGCCAGAUUGCUCUUCAGUAGCAUUUAAGCUAUUUAAAUUCUCUUGAGUUUUAGAGUUUUCACCAGACCAGAUGAAUGAUUUAGAAAAAUGAUCUGGUAACCUUUGUUCUGUUCCAUUCCAUCACAGGACAAUGGAAUCAGUGAUGAAGAAAUCCACCCAGGGAGAGAGGAUGUGAUGGAUGCAUUUAACAGAGCAGGGAGAGUGAGAGGGGAGGGAGCACAACGGAGCCUAUGCAUUUCACAACUUUUUAAUUUUUUGAAAUGACACCUACAAUAACUAGAGCCACCUCUUACCUAUGCCUCUCACUUUCACAGAUCUGUCCAGCUGAAGUGUGUCUGGGUAGUGUAUAUUGCAAUGACUCUGAAACAAUACUGCUCUGUCUGAUGCAUGGCUCUGCUUUCAUUGUAAACAUAUGCUUGCUAGCCACACAAGUCCUGAAUAAAGUGCAGUGUUAUUAU